UCUCAUUGGUGGGCGGCGCGCAGGCCCGCCCACCGCCUUCCGGCGUUGUUGUGGGCAGAGAUCCUCCAGCGGAUCUUUGGUUGUAGGAGCGCGGAGAGAGCGGCGGAUCAUGGGCAUCGAGUUGGAGACUAUCACCCCGGGAGACGGGCGGACCUUUCCCAAGACGGGCCAAGUCUGUGUGGUGCACUAUGUGGGUUCACUGAUGGAUGGGACAACGUUUGAUUCCUCCCGGGUCCGAAAUAAGCCAUUUCAUUUUAGAAUUGGUAAAAAUGAUGUCAUCAAAGGAUGGGAUGAAGGAUUAGCUCAGAUGAGUGUUGGGCAGAAAGCCAAACUGACCUGCACCCCUGACUAUGCAUAUGGAGCUUCUGGCCACCCUGGCACCAUUCCACCUAAUGCAACUUUGACAUUUGAAGUAGAGCUCUUGAGAAUUGAGUGAAAAUAUCUUGAUUUACAUCCUGCUUUUGGCACAUAAGUAAGGAAGAGCUUGAAGAUUGUGCGUUGAAAAUGCAGGAACCAGUUUAAAUCACUACAUUUACCAUUUCCAUCUUUUAGUUUAGUUCAUUAUGUCACUUGUACCAAGGUACACUGAAAAGCUUUUGUUUGCCUGCUAUCCGUCAAAGAAAACCUUAAAUGCAAUUAAGCCGUCCACAGUGCACAGAUCGAUGAAGGUACAACAUUUAGUGCAAGAUAUAACAUUGAAAUCCGAUUAAAGAUAGUUCAAAUGUCUCUAAUGUGGCUGAUGGUCAGGUCAGGAUUGCACUCUUGAUGAUCUACAAUGUACAGUAUGUCAGCAACAAGCCUGCUUGUCACUUUGUUUAUCUUUUGGGCUGUGGAGUAAAAUCUGAUUAUUUUAAUCUUGAAUUAUUUUUUUUUAGUUUUAUCAUGCUCUGCUUGAAGUGCACAUCAUCAAGCAUUAUCAUUAAGGAGCCUAAAAGUAGAAAGGAGAACAAACCAGUUGGGUUACCACUUAAUGUUCAACCAUAAGAUAGUAACUUUGAAUUGAUGCAUUGAAGAGCCACAAACUGUUUGAAAACAAGUGACAAGAUGGCCAUGUAGACUACUGUAUUUUGAAACAUAUCUUUGAAUUGAGAAAAUUCACUGUUGAGGCCUCCAUAUGUUGUCUGAGCUUGCGUUCACCUUAACAUUAAUUAUUGGGGCUUUAUCAUGAAUUAGCUAAAUAAAAGAUUUGUGAAUACAUUUGAAAUGUGGGAUAUUUGUGACCAGGUUAGGAAGGAAAUCAGUUUUACCCACCCAGUUGCAUGAUUUUUUAAAUUCCACUACUUUUGUCUGCUAGUUCACGGUUACAAUCUUCAAACCACAUUUAACUCAAUUGGUGUCAUUUCAACAAUACCGUUUUACCUGCGACUGUAUCCUCUUCAGGAUCUGCUGUUCUUCACCAAUGGAAAGAUUGCUAUGGGGCAGAAUCGUAGAUCAUCAUUUGUACAUUUGCAAAAAUGAUCAAUUGCUAAUAUAGGCAGUGUAUGAACACACUCAUCUUAAGAGAGCAUACAGUGUCAGCAUGACAGCAGGCAUGAAUCAUUAGAGGUAAAGAGUCUUGGGAAUGGCAUCUAGUCAGAGGGUCCGGCAUACUGAGUCUUAAUUAAUACUGUAGGAACCAUGAAAGUGUGAAUUAUGCUGUUAUGUAACUGGUCACUUGCCAGUAUUGCCAGUGAAGUACUUCCACUAAAAAAUGUUUCAGAAUACAGGACCACCAUUGAUUUCAGAGACUUUCUGCAUUGCCCAUUUUGCCGGACCAACAGAGGUCACGGCCUUGGAGGACGUCACGAUACCAACCCGCAAAGUCGGAUAUGGGAACGGAUCUGCUGGCUCCAGCAAGGCCGGAGCUCCAAAGCCCUGAUCGCAAGGGACAUAUUCAAUCUGCCAAUUGGCAUGUAAGUACCAAUGAGGUUGAGUUUGGCCACCUCACCCCCCGGCACCAAAUUUUCAGGGGGGGGGGGGGGUAUUACGGGAGGGAGCAGGACCUUCAGUUACCAGAUGAUCAUGGUGGACCUGUAAUACCACACUCUGCUUGAAAUGGUGACUACUCUUGGAAGUUCACCUCGCCUCACAGUGGUGGAGCCACUGAAGACCCAGAUUCAAUCCUGUCCCUCGAUGCCGUCUGUGUGAAGUUUGUACUUUCUCCCUCUGACCGCAUAAAUUUCCACCAACAUUCCAAAUACCUGGAUAUUUGUGUUGUUCUACCACUAAAUUGCCCCUCGUGAGUGUGUAGAAUCUAGCAGGAGUCCUUGUAAAUUUGGGGAACAGUAAUAAAAGGUAUUAAUGUAUAAUUAUUGUAAGUGGAAGGUCAUGGUCAGAAUGGGCUGUUGUCCUGCUGUAUCUCUCUUAUUACUACACUUUUUCCUUUGGUGGAACAAGCAGUGUGCCUCUUUAUAACAUUAAAUAGGUGCUAACAACAUAUUUGUAAGCAAGGUAAGCUGGUCAUCACGGCUGCCAACUCCUUUUCAGUGUUGCUUGUAAUCCUUUCAUUGCACUGUGGCAUUCCUCAAUUUAAUGAAAUCCAAGAUGCUUUUACAAUAAAAUGCUUUGACCAUUUUCAA